UGAGAGCACAGAAACCGGCCGUCGCCGACCACGCCGCCGAGUGGUGCGACGCCAUUGCUCCAAGAGCUCGAGACCAAUGUACCGCAUGGGCUAGAGUGGUACGUCAAGGCAUGCGACGGCGCGUGCGGCCGGUGGCAGCAGCGCGCUGCCCGUCGAAGGCGCGAUCUUUGCGUUAUCCGGAUGGCAGAAACGGUUUCGAGGAUAUUGUCUCCGUCCCGCAGUUCAGAAAUCGCGCAACAUGGAGGAGUACGGAGAGCUCGUCGUGCUUGGCUACAGCAGCUACCGCGUCGCCGGCAGGGACGACCCUUCGCCACACAGCGCCAAGUGGCAGCCCGUGGGCUCGCCCAACUGCCACUUCCGCCUUGCGCCGAAAAAGACGGGCAACGGCCUCACGCGGCGCCGCGCGUUCCUUGCGACCGGCCUCGGCGAGAAGGCGUCGUCCGCCGACGCCGCCAAGGCCCAGCUGCACGCGCCCUCGAGCCAAUUCGUGACGAUCCCACUGUCCUUGCGCACCAUGGCCAUGGUCGAGUACGUGCCGGAUGCGAGCCUCGAUAUGUUUCAGAUUGGCCGGCAGCCGUCGCGCUACAACGACUUUAGCGUUCCCGGGCCGCUCUACGGCGCGUCGGGUACGAUCUCUCGGUUUGCGGCGCGCCUCGUGUGCGAGCGCGACGCGCCGUAUCGGUGCCGCCUCUAUGCCGGCGGCUUUGACGCGUCACACACGGCGGCGGUCCCCGCGUCCGCGCUCAAGUACUGUGCUGCCUGCAGCACAUGGACCAAAGCACUUAGCUGCUGCCAUGUCGUAUCGCCGUCAUCAAUGUUGCCCUCUACCGGGCCCGUGCUCGCGGAGAUAAAGUGCGAUGGCAGUGUGCCCGUGGACGCGCUCACAAAGAAUGGCGUGCGUCUCUGGGUCCCCGAGCAACAAGAGUGGUUUGAAGUGUCGAUGAAUGGCUUCCUCUACGCCAUCCAAGGCGGCGGCGAGAGCUCGUCGUCCACGUCGUUUCAUCGGCCAACGGCCGGUCCCGUCCAUCUCGAGUCGCUCGUCUCGCACGGCUGCAUCAUUGACCUCGGCGGCGUCCAAUUGCAGUUCCUCACAAAACUCGCGCGCCGCAAACCGUCGUUGGCGCCGCCGCCGUUGCAGCCGUCGCUUCUCGCCCAGCUCGAGUCGCUCCACGUGCAGUGCCCCGUGCAGCUCAUGCCGCUGCGCUUCCACUCCAACUGCGCAUCGAGCGAGACCGCGCACGUCUUUCCAGCAUGCGGACACGUCUUUGGUUACGACGCACGCAUCGCGCUCGGGAAGGCGUGCCCCAUGUGUCGCACGCCCGGCGGCAUGGUGCUCCUCAAGCUCACGUCCGGGAACGGCGCCAAAUUGCACCAAGCCGACGAACGCAACUGCGUUCCCGACUGCGUCUUCAACCCAUGCGGCCACGCGGUCGGCCUCAAGUGUGCGACGCAGUACGCAUCGAUUCGCAUGCCGAACGGCAAGUCGAUCUGCCCCAUCUGCGCCGUGGCCCUGGACUCGAACCAGCCCUAUUCCAAACUCUUUUGGCAUACGGACGACGACGACGACGACGAUGCGUAUACGGACGUGGCGGCGGCCUGAGACCAUAGAACGUUGAAUAGGCCGCGUCUGUAUACACAUAUAUAUCUAACUCUUUGGUUUCUUG